AUGAUGCUGGAGCCAGUCGGCGGCGGCGAGCCGGCGCUCAGCGCCGCAGCCGUGGACGACUUCUACGCCAGCGACGCCCCCGGCCACCAGGCCCUUUCCGAGGCCCCCACGCCCGUUGCGAACUUCUCCGCAGACUCCAAUUGCCCUCAGUUGCAUGCAGAUCAGUUUAUUCCGCCGCCGCCUCCCGCGGAGUCCCGCGCCACAGUGUCGCUGGGGGGCUCCCCGCCGUCUGCUGCAGCAGCUGCAGCGCUUUCGGGCACUUUGGACGGCCGCAAGGACCCCGGCGGCGCCAAGUUCGCGGUUUCGCAGAUCCACGGAGUCUACCUGCUGCUGCACCGCGCCGUGCUCAGCCGCUGCGCCCCCUGGUCCGAGUUUGCUGCUGCUGCUGCUUUCCAGCGGCCCUGCAGCGGCGCUGCUGCAGUCGAUCGCAUGCAGCGAAACUUCCGCUACUUCACCACUAACUACAUUUGCAUUUGCUGCUGCUUUGCUGCUCUCUGCGCCCUCCUCAACCCUCCGGUCUUCGCCGUCGCGGGCCUUUGCGGGGCCCUCUGCGCCUUCGCCUCCCUCAAGGGCGAGGUCCAGAUUGGAGACACGCGGCUGCCGAAGAAGAGCUUCCAGGGGGCUGUUUGCGCAGGCAGUGCUUGUUUGCUGCUGCUGCUUGCUGGCAAUGCUGUAAUGACUUUGCUGCUGCUGUGCGCCCUUGUGGUGUCUGUACACUCCGCGCUCCACAAGGGCGUCUCUUACCAGACCAUUGCCCAGAAGGGCGAGCAGCAGCACCCGGACCUGGGAGUUUGA